AUGGGAAGGGAAGCACUGUAAAGGAAAUUUGCUUAUAGAGCUGAUUAGGCAUCACACUCUGUUUUUGAAGUCUCAGGUCAGAGAUUGCAGAUAAGGUGUACUGGUAAAUUCGAUUGGUCUUAAAAACCAGAAGGACGACAGCUGGUCCUCUUUGCUGUACAUGGUGCAGUGGUGUGAAUCUCACAGGAAGUGAGUUCGGCUGCAUUUUUUUUUCUCUCGCUGAACUUUAGUCUCAGGCAAAAUAGCCCUGUUCGAGAACUGAUUGGUUGCCUCCCUACUGGUGGAGUGAGUGAGCCGACUAGCCUGCCCCCAUUGUGCUGGACAUUCCUCAGUUUACCAGCAUGCCACCAAAAAAGAAGGGGAAAGAGAAGACGAAGAAGAAGCAGAACAAUGAAGGAAAUGAGUUGGAGGAGAAGUACAGGCGGAGCCUUCUGGAUGUGUCUGUGCUUAAGGAACAUCUUGCUUUGAGGACAGAUGUGGCUCUGCAGGCUCAUUCCUCCAGGGAGGAGCUGAGGAGGCGACUGAGGCAGCUGGAGAGGGAUCUCUCUCAGGAGAGAACGGACAAGAGGGAUAUCACAGCAGAUCUUAACCGCCGGCACAAGAUAAUGCAAACGGAUAUGGAGGCCAAAAUUAGUCAACUGGAGAUCAAGGUUAUCGCUCUUCAGCAGCAACUGGCGUCGUGUCGUGGGGAACUGCAAGACAAGAGGGAAGCUCACACAGAGAUGAAGGAAGAAAAAGAGGUCAUUAUCAGUGACCUGCAAUGCAAGCUGGACAACAUGGAGGUUGAAUACGAGAAGAUCCUACAUGGAAGCCUGGACGGUCUCCUGACUCACCUGAUGGAGGUGCGGGGCUCAUGGGAGGAAGAGAGUGCCCACAUCCACCAGGAGUUCAAGGACAUCCUCAAGGACUUUGGGCUGAAUCCACUUCAGGUCUAAAAAGGCUAGAUGCAGUGUUUGUAGACAUGUUGUCAAAAAUAGCUUUCCCUUCCCCAUAUUUUCAUGCUGGAACAUUUCAGUGUAAUAUUACAACUUUAGAUGGUGGGCUGUUUUUGACUGACACAACAAUUAUUUUAUAAUUUCAGAAAGAAAUAUAAU